UCAGGGUCGGGUCAAUGCUGUGGCGCGGCGGCGCGAUGCAGAACGGCUGCGGCGGCUGGUGCUUGCAGGGGCCAGAUCCGUGCGCGGUAGGGGCUGGGGAGGUGGAUCCGAAGGCGCGCGGCAUGGCGGGGAUCGCCGGUGACAACGAGGAAGGCCGGAGCGCGGCUUCCCGGGUGGGUUCAUGGCAUCCACGGCUAUUGGGUAGAGAGGAGACAAGGAGGCGAGGGAGAGAAGAAGGGACAAAGGAAGAGCGGUGCGGCGACCUAGGCAGGAGCUCGCUGGAGCCGGGCGAUGGCGGACGGGCGCGGGAGACGGAGGGAUCCCGUGCGGCGGCGCGAAGUCCUUGCUGGUGGCGUCGACGGCUGGGCAUGCGACGGCGCGGAGCCCUCCCGUUGCUACGGCGUCCGGUGGAGUGCCCUGAGGGUGCGGAUGCUGCUGCUACACCAGUACCACCAGCCCAAGAUUGGGAGCCGCCGACCACGACCUGAUGACCCAUGGUGUGUAGAUGAUACACUGGUGAGGCAUUCAAGGGACAAACAGGAGCUCACGAUUUUCAGGGAUGAGGAGGAGCUUGCAAUUUCCAGGCUCGGCCUGCCCGACCUGCCGACGCAUGUGGAAGACUAGGAGUCUGGUGUUUUAUCUGCAGCGAAGCACAAAUGUUCCCGGGUGCAACUCACGGGCUCUUUUGCUUUUACACACUUCAUUUUGUAAUUUUAGUGUUUGACUAAUAGUACAUCUGUUGGAACAAGUGCAAAGGCAACAUCAUCUUCCAGCAAAAAAAUUCCCCUGCAUUGAGUGCUUCAGACAGUUUUAAGAACAUCAAGCAAUAUUUACUACUAUUAUCUUGUAUUAACAAAUUUAGUAUCAAUUCAAAUGAUAUAAGGAAAGUAAACAGAGAUGCUGAUGAGCUUAAUUAAUUCAAAAAAUUGUUCUUGA